AUAUUUUACCCACAAUUUUGUAGAAUUAUUCUGAAAAAUUUUGUGCGUGACAGCGACUCUUUUUUUCCCAUAUAAUCACAUCGCGCCUUCUCGUUUUCUGCGAGAUUUCUUUUCAAUUGGCGGCAUUUACAUCAAUCCUUCACAUUUUGAAGACAGCGUUAAAUGUGCAUUCCUUGUUGUGUAGCUGUUUACUGUAUUGAUUGACAAUUUAGCUCACCAUUUUUGUUGUCGCUUCAGUCGUGAGAUCGUAAAAAGAAAAUGAAUCCUAAGAAGCGUAAAACUGAAGAUGAAGACAGCUGGACUACAAAAGGACAAAAUGAAUAUAAAGAUUACGAAAGACAAAGUUUGGAUGUUCACGCGGCCAAUUGCGGAAGCAGUGAAUGUGGCAAUUCAACGGAACAACAAAAAUCCGACAAUGGCGGUUCUUCAGAACAGCCCGGUACAAGUGAUGACAAGAUUUCGGAAGAACAGAAAGAUAAUGCUGUUCAAUCUCCAGAACAACGCGACAAGAAACAUAUUCGGUUGGAGGGAUCUAAGACAGCAGGUACACUUCUCUUUUGUGGUGGUACAAACUGGGACUUAAUAGGUCGUAAGGAGCUGCCUAAAACUGCUAAAGGAGCUGUAGGAAGAAAUUUAUGGGGCCCUCAUCGCUUAGCAUCUCUACAAGGUAUCAGGGUGGUAUCUGUUUGUGUAGGAAGCUGCGCUGUGCACAGUGUAAUCAUAAUAGAAGGAGGCCAAGCAUUAACUUGGGGUCGUAAUGAUAAAGGUCAGCUGGGUCAUUCUGACACUAAAAGAAGAGAUAUUCCUACUGUAGUGGAAGCUCUAAAGGAUCAUCAAAUUGUAGCUGCAGCAUGCGGACGAGGGCACACCUUAUUUUUAUCAGAACGAGGCAUUGUCUACUCAUGUGGUGACAACAAGAUGGGCCAAUGUGGCGUGGGAUCUCAAAAUACUACUAUAAAUGUACCAACAAAGAUUGCAUUUAAGGGCAGAUCUAUUACCAAAGUUGCUUGUGGUGCAGAGUUUAGUGUAAUUGUUGAUGUGAGGGGUGGAAUGCACAGUUUUGGAUGUCCUGAAUAUGGACAACUAGGUCACAAUUCAGAUGGCAGAUACUUUGUAACUAGCAACAAGCUGUCAUUUAGAUGUGAAUUGGCACCUCGGCGUAUUAUAGCAUACAUAGAAAAGACAAGGGAAGGCCAUGUGACGUUAGUUGAUGAUGUGCAAAUAGUUAGUGUAGCAUGUGGAAUAAAUCACAGUGUGGCAGUAGAUACAAAAAAGCGUUGCUUUUCUUGGGGUUUUGGAGGCUAUGGAAGACUUGGUCAUGCAGAACAGAAAGACGAAAUGGUGCCAAGAUUAAUUAAAUCUUUUGAUGGGCCAAACAGAGGAGUGAAAAAGGUGUUUGCAGGUGGCACUUAUAGCAUGGCUGUCAACGAGCUUGAUGUGUUAUUUUUUUGGGGCCAAAAUAAAAGAGCUGGAGAAGCAACAAUGUAUCCCAAACCAGUCCCUGAUCUUGCUGGUUGGCAAGUGCGGGAUGUUGGGUGUUCAAAUUGCAGUAUAGUUUGCAUUGCUGAUGAAAGUGUCAUUUCAUGGGGUCCUAGUCCUACUUAUGGUGAACUGGGUUAUGGAGAGUCCAGACCAAAAUCAUCUACAACACCACAGGAAGUGAAACCAUUAGAUGGUAUUCACAUUCAUGCUGUUGCCUGUGGUUAUGGCCAUACUUUACUUAUUGCUCGGGAUGAUAGUGAAGAAGAUAGGAAUAAACUUAAUCAAUUGCCAGAAUAUUUACCAUGAUGCUGUUUCCUUUUAGUAAUGUGAUUCCUUGACAUGUGGUGGGUACAUUGUUGGGGGUCAAAAUCAUAUAAUUCCAUUUGAGGUGUAUACUUUUUUUUUAAAUCUAUAGGUAUAUUCACAUGAGGAAAAAAAAGAGGAGGAAGAAGUAAAAGUGUGUUUGCAAUCACCAUUGUUCUGUGUGCUAUUUUCAAGAAAUAUGCUUCAUUUCUCAUCUUAUUUAUUUUCACUAGACAUAAAAAUCAUACUUUAUCUGGUAAAGGUACCAUUACUACUAGCAUUGAGAAAUAUUUUUGAAAUAUUUUGUAAACAUUUAGAACACUUUCUAAAGAGUGAUGGAUUAAAAAUGUCCUGAACGUAUCAAAUUUCAUUGCAUAAAGUGUUGAAAGAAUUAUGCCAUCAUCAUUUAUGUUAUUGAAGAUUUCAAAAGAAUUAUUUAAAAUAAUGCAAUGUUUUUACUAUAAUAAUAAUCAGCAUUCAAUAAAACAGAAGUGAACACGACAGAAAAAAUUUUGAUGUUCAAUUUAACAUACCCAAGUCUGAGUAAUUCUACUAUAUUUAUUGAUUGUAAACACACAGAUCAUUCCAUUUAACUAUCUUGUCCUCUUUCGUGCUGAUUUGUGAAUUUUUAUUUUUUAAAAUUUUUAUGAAGCUGUGUAAUAUGAUCUUUUUCAAUUAAACACACAAUUAGAAGUUACCUGUUAUACAUUUCUUUUAGUGGAAUUAAGUAUGUAAAUUUUAGAUAAGCAUGCAAGAACAGAUAAAAAAAAUUUUAAUGAAUAAAUGGAAGCUUUGUGAAGUAUGAUCUUUUUUUAAAAAAAAUAACCUAUUUUGUAAUUCCCAUUUCUAUGCUUUUUAGCAUUCCUUUAAAAGUAGUGGUGAUAUUACUGUUUUGUAUGUUUUUGGGGAUAUUUAGUAAAAAGAUAACUGUAUAAUCAAGGUAUAUUAGCAUUCCCAUAUACAUUUUGUAAUCUCAUUUAACCAAACAAAUCAGCUGAUCUAAAGGAAACACAUUUAUUAUUUUGAAUCUGUGUAUAUUAAUUUAGUUUGCUUUAGAAGUGAUGGGCAUGGUAUAUAUUAUUUUAUUUUCGUGCUAGAAAUCUUAAUUUACGUUUUUAAUAUCUUAAAGUUUUCAUUCUCUUUUUUUUAAUUAUUUGAAUCUUUGGAGAGUUUAGAAAAGCAGUUUCCUUUUCAACUGAAUCUAGGGACAUUAUAUUAGAAAUCCGAUUGGUGAAUUAAAAAUACCAUAAUAGGAAAAAAGAUAUUUAUUGGAAGGUAAAAUUAAUAUGUAUUGUGAAGUAUGCUCCUGGGGUAGGUAGGGUGGUGCAAGAAAUAACAUGCUAGCUACAGGUAUUUGGUGAUAACUAAUAUGCUGAGCCAUUUUCUUUGUAAAUUCUUCCAUGAAAAACACAUUUCUUGUGACAGAGAGCCCCUAAAAGUUUUUCUAUGAUAAAUGAAUCUGAAAUAAGUGAAUUUCUUUGAAUGUUUCAAGAAAACUUAAAAUAUUUGCAAAAGUACUUUCCAUCUUCAUAGUUAGUUGCACAGCUAAUGUGCAAUAAAGUGAAGAUACUAUCUCCUUAGGUUGUUUCUAAUAAUACAUGAAAUUUUUAUGUGCUUUCUUAUGGCAGAAAUAUCAGUUCUUUAGUUUUAAUGCAAAAUAGCAUAGGCUAUCAUAUGCUACUUUGAUGAACUGCUAAGUGAAAUGUUUUCCUGUUCUUGAGUUAGAGUUUUAUGCAUUAAGACUUACUAUGCAUUCAGUCUAAUCAUCAUUUUCAAUCAGAUAUUAUUUAGUGAUAUCCUACUAAUCAUAUUUCAAAGAUGAUUUUUGUUUUAUUUAUGUAAAGUAGGAUUUGAUAAAUUUUGUAGUGAAAUAAAUAAUUUUAACUUUUUAAAGGGAUGCCCUUUUGUAAAAAUUUUUUAAAGGAAAAGUCUCAUAUUCAUAUUGUAAUUUACUGGUAAUGACUAAACAUUUCUUCACUGUGCUAGAUCGUAAAUUUUUAUGGGGCAGAUUCCUUUUGAUUUGACAGUGCUAUGAAUGUUUUGCCCCCUUCAUUAUUAUAGGUAAGGGGGGAUGAAAGUGGAGAAAAACAAAGAGCAUCAUCUUCCCCUUUCUCAUAUAAAUGUGUUUAUUUACAAUCAAAACCAGUAAAAUUUUUCUUUGCCAAUAAACUUGUCACUACAAAUUCAUUAUUACACUUUAGACAUUCUAGCUGCUUUUUAAAAAUUCUGCAUGCUUUCUAAAAUUAAGAUGCUUAUGAUGUAAUGUUGUGUGAACAAAAAGUAGAUCUAUCAGAGUCAAUUUAAAGUAAGAAAAAAAUGCACUUUUUAUUUGAGUUUGGUGCAGAUUCGAAUAAAAAUGCUACCGGUGAAAUGAUGAAAAGUGAAAUGAUGGCACAUGGCAACUACCUGAAGAAGUUUGUUAUAUUGAAGUUUCUUAUAUAUUUCAGAUCUGUUUUAUUAAAUAUAUGAAAUGUAUAAAAAUUUUAUGUCAUGGAAAAUGUUAUGUCUUACUUAUGUGGUACAAAAUACAGCAUUAAAAGACAUGAAGUAUUAGUUAUGCUGUAAGAAGUUCAUUGUGGCUGUUCUUAUGAUAUUGUUCUAACAUGUACAUAUAAUAAUUAGAAGUCACUGGGUAUUUUUAAAAAAUUAAAUUUCUCUGCCCUAAAAGUUAUCAGAGCAAGAGAGAACUUUAUAGGAUCUCCGAAACUUCUUUGUCUGGAAUAUAGGUUGGAAAUGCAUAAAUAAAAAGCAAACAUUUUCAGAGAAAUACAUGUUAAAUGCAGACCUCCAGAUUCAUAUGUUGUGCAAGGUAUAAAAUCACUUUUGAAAGAAAUACAUCCAAAGCAUGUCAAGUUGAACUGUAAUAAUAAAGUUAAAAUGUUCUUCAGUAGUGAAGAAAGACUAGGAGGUUAAUUUUGUAAAUCCUCGGCAAUUUGUGUAAAAUAUCAGAUGAUAUAUUAAUAAAUGUCAUGUGCUGAACUCUCCGUACCUAUUUCACUGUCACCAUUUUAUGUAGAAAUCUUGUAAAGAUUGCUGAAAACAUAAAAAAAGAAUUGCAGUCACUGCUCAAGAACAAGGAAAUUUUGCCUUGAAAAAUUUUCCUACUAGGAUUCAAGUUUAAGUAAUAAAGAAGGAAUUGGCAGGGAUUGUUACAUACUGAAAGUCCUGAAGUUUUAUUCUCACUUCAAGAAAAAUCUACAAUUUAUUAGUGAGUUGGCUGCAGAUGACGACAUUCGUGGUUUAGUGCAGUAAAUGAAGUAAUUUUGCUGUAACAAUCUGCAUUUAUAUGGAAUGCCAUUUUUGUAUCUUGGAUUUCUACUAAAACUAGUUAUUGAAAUGAACUUCAAUUCUGCCUUCAUACUGUGGCAUCAUGAAGUAAAUGAAACUAUUAACUGAUUAAAAAAAAUUAUUUUGUUAUUUUUCCAUACUCUAAGGAAUGUAUGUUUUGUGUAAUUUAUAGGCACUUAACACUUUCAUGUAGCUAAUAUCAAAAUUAUAUUGGGAUCAAAAUUAUAUUGGGAUACAAGAUCAUUAGUAGUGUUUUUAUGGAAGUAUAUGCAUAAUUUUAAAUUAUAUAGUUAAUUAUUGAGGUUUAUUAUUGAGAUAACAUUUAGUUACAAUUAAAAUAUCUUCUUUAAAAGCAGGUGGAGGAAGGAGUUUUGAGUAGGAUGUAUUUUGCAUUUGGAGAAAAUCAUAAGAGCCUAAUGCAGUUAGCAUGUUUCAAUUGGAUAAUCACCCAAAAUAAAAAAAAAAUUCAGUUGGCAUUGUUGAUAUCUUUUUUUCCUUUCAUAGGUUAAUUUUUGUUAAAUUACAAUAAGUUAUACAUACUUUCUAUUUUUGGAAGAGUUUAUUAGAAAUCCUCUUGUAUACAAUUCAAAUAAUAUUGUGAAUGCAGGAAAUUUCAUUUAUAUUGUUGAAAAAUCAAAUUUUCGAUUGGCAGACUGACACAUUCUUUCAAUUGUAAAGAAAAAAUGCUUGUAGUUAUUACAGGAAAAAUAUGGACAGGGAUAAUGGAUUGAGCGGGUAGACUAAAAUUAAGAAUCAACUAUUUUUUAUAUUAAUAAAUGUUAUGAUCAUAUAAUCAGUUUCAGAAAUUUUAUGUACAUUUGAUGUACAAACACCUGAAUAAAUUUCAUGCAUUAUUUGUCUGAAUCACGUGAAGUGUACACAAUUUUCAGGACAUUGUUAACGAAUCAAUUGACAGUGUGAAAAGAAAAAAGAUUGGAAAUUCCUGAUUUAGAUAAAUUUUCCUUUUCAUAGGAAGGGUGCAUUUUGGCAUACAGUUAGGAAAGAGGAUUUUUUUUUUCAGAGAAGUGAGAAAGUGUUUUCUGCAGUAAGUCAUUAAUUUUAGUUACAUUAUAUGCAGUUUUCCAUUUUAUCAUAAUAGAUUUUUUUUUUUUUUUUGUUUUUAUAAUAAUAUAAUUAUAUUUGCAAGAAGUCAAAGUUUUUAUGGAAUUUUUAUUUCCAAUUAAUUCCUGUAUUACUGUCAAGUUUUUGCAAUUUCUGAUCUAUCUGCUAACAUGAUGCAUCUGAUUUUGUUUAAAAAAUGCAAAUAAUUCAUGUUUUUGUUUAUUGAAACUAAAGAAUUUUCUGUUGGAUAGAGUUUCAAUGCAGGAGCUUACAAAUUAAUAUGUAUGCUAUGUUUAAACUUCCGAAAGUACCAAAAUAUUCCAAAUGUACUUUUAAAAAGGAUUUUAGAUUUACGUGCAACUGGUAAUCCAGUCACACAAGUCCUUUGGUGCUUAAGAAAUUUUGAAAUAUAUUUUGGUAUCUAUAUAUUACUUGCAUUUUGGGGGGGGGCUUUAAUAGCAAUAUGAAACAAACAGUAUGUAAUAAAGAAAUGUAUAUAACUUUAUUUGAGGAAAAGCUGUAAUAAUGUGCAACUGUAUAACUUACAUGUAUAAAGUAAAGAGAAAAGUCGUAAAGGAUAAAUUGCAUGCUAUUAGGUCAGUAAAGGAUUAUACGGAAAAGUGAUGCUACUUGCACUUUAAUGACAGCUUAAAACCAAAAUAAAGUAAAAAUAAAUUAAGUUUUUUAAAGAAAACUUUUUUUUUUAAUUUGCUUUUCCCUUUUUUCCCCCCCCCUCUAAUUCCCAAGCAAAAUGGAGACUGAUUAUCCAGAGAACUGUCUGAUUAAAAUUCUUAUUUAAUUAAUGUGGAGUUUAAUAAAUUUAUAAAUAAAUAAAUUUAAAUGUAGUUUUCAUUUUCAUCACAUGAAAACUCUGAUAAUGUAUAUAGAUUUCUCAAAGAAUGAAAAAUAUAUUUAGAUCAUUUAAUGCAAUUGCUUGCUUUUCAUUUGAAACGGUUUAUCUGCAACUGCAGCCAUUGACAAAAAGUUCAAACAAAAUGUUCUUUGUUCUUUGAUGACGAAGUUCUUUGAUUUUAUGUAUGCUCUUUGAGGUCUCUUCGCAGAUUCUAUCGUUGAAACACUUAAAUAAGCAUACAUUGCUUACAUCAUUACACUUUUCUGGGGAUAUAUUAGGACGAUGCAUAAAUUAUAUUUUGUUGCUAUUUUCUCAAAUUUAGAAAGUUUUAUGUAUUGUUUAUCAAAAAUAGAAGGAAACUGUUGACCUGGAUUUACAGUAUAUUUUUUAAUUUGGCCUUUAUGAAAAAUGAAGCAUUUCAGGAAAGCUUAUUUUCCUUCAGCAGAAAUUCAAAAUAAAUCUAAGAUUAUGGAUAAAUAUAAUUACAUGCAUGGUUUCUCAUAAUAACAACCAAAAAAAAAACUGCUAGAUAGGAAACUUAACCAUGCUUAUAAUAAAUAUGUAAAGGAAUACUAUGAUUAACUGGUAGAUAGGAAACUUAACCAUGCUUAUAAUAAUAUGUAAAGGAAUACUAUGAUUAUAUUUGUUUUUGUUUGUAUUUUUUGGAUUGCUUGUCACUCAGUGUUUAAAACCUGGAGUAUUUUCUUUUUUGUAAAGAGGAAAGGCCACAGCUGUUAAUGUAUCUCAAGGUAAUGAGUGUUUUUGCUAAGCAAGUGGAUAUUAAAUGCUUUUCUGUAUUGUUCUUUGUAAAGAAACUGUUAGUAUUUGAUUUUAUUGCAUUCAGAAGCUGUGAAUUAAGAUUUGCAGUAUCCCUCAUAAUGUAAAUUCUUAUAAAUGAGUAAAAAGUCUACAAGGUGGAAAAAAAAAUUAAGAUAUUUUUAGUGUUGCCUUCUAAAGCACUUCUACAUGCAUUAAAGCUGAAAGCAAUUAAUUCAAUUAUUUUUCUAAGCUAUAAAUUUAUGAUGCUAUUUUAUGAUAUUACAUAAAUGCCUUUUAAAUUCACUGCAUUAUUUGCUUUAUUGACCUUUUUCUAGUCAGACUGAAAAUUCUGUACCUGUUUUUAUAGCUUAUGAAAUUAUGCAUGUGUAAAUUUCCCUUCCAUUUUGCAUUCCCCAUUCGAAUAAAGGCAGAUUUUAGUUUAUUUAGAAAUCGUAUCAAAGAUUAGAAAUAACUAUGUACAGCAUUUGCAAGGGGGAUUAUAAUAUAUAUAGCACAGUAUAAAGCAUUAUCACUUCAGUAAUUUAAGCAUCCAGUAAAUGUUUUAGUUUCACAGCUCAAACUGGUUAUUCUGAUGCAUAAAAUCUGUAUACCUGUUCCGUAUACAGUAAUUGCUUUCCAGAAUAAAAUAUUUUUGAAAAUUUAAAGCGAGACCUAGAAACAGAACUAAAGAAUACUGAUUAAUGUAUGCAUAAUUUUUAAUUUACUCUAAAUUUUGUGGAAUCCCUAGAUACCAAAAUAUAUUACAGUUGUGCAGAUUGUGCCAAACACUUUUGAGUGCUUUAAAUUCAAAAGAAGAAAAAAUCCAUCCACAUUUGUCUUAGUCUUUUGUAGAUGAUGAUAUAUGGCCUGUGAAGCAUUGUGUAGACAUGGUUUUGCUUAGUUUGAUAACAGUGAGCAAAAUUACAAAAUAUUGAGAAUGAAUAAUAUUUAUAUGUAGUUAAACAUAUUUCCUAUUAUAUGGGCAAUUUUUCUUUUAAAAGUACAUAAAAAUCAUUUGAAAUUUUUAUAUGUGUUUUAUAGAUUUUAAUAGAGAAUUUUUAUUUCACAGUUUACCUUUAAGAAUUUUUGUAUACAGUAAUUAUUUUCUUUAGCUGUUACUAACAGAAAUAUAAUUUUAAUUACUUUAAAAUCUGAUGUCCCUAUGUUUUGAUACUGGAGUAAGAAACUUUAUUGAAGUACUUAAUUUUAAGCCAAAAAAAAUUUAGCAUCAUGAUCUAGCUUUGUUUUAGUGUAACGUAGUUGUGAUGCACUGGAAUCAUUAUAACAUAUUUUGUCAUCUGUAAGAAAUUUCUGCUCUUUGCUGUCAUAAUUAUUCUGUGGUUGUGGUGUGAAAAAUACAGUUUCCUUAUCUAAAAUGUUCCUUGAGGAAACCAUUCCUCAACAAUUCUUCAAUGAUGUGAUGUUAUUUUUUAUGCUGUUAUGUCCUUUUUAUUAUAUGUUAGAGAAUUAUGAAACAAUGCGCACAUGUAAAAAUCACUUGGAUUUUGUUCAGUUAUUCACUACUUUUUCAUAAUAGCACUUUUGAUUUUCAAAAAUCUGUGUUUUAUAAGCUCUUUAUGUUUGAAAUAAAGGAGUGAGACUUUCUUAAA